AUGGCGGAAUCUACCCUCGCUGUCUUUGUCAUUCUCAUUCUCACCGGAUGUUCCUCCUCCAGAGACCUCCGUCCUUCUGAUCACGGCCUUCUCUUUCAGACUUUAUCACCGGCGGGGACGCAUUCUUCGCCCGAGAUGAGAUCCUUCUUCAACAGUGGCAAUUCAUCGCCUACAGUUUCGUCUUCCUCCGACGUGGCCAUGCCGAAUGCCAUUACAAUGGAUAACCCCACUCCACGACCACCGUCUGGGUUGAGAGGCUCUGGCAAAGACGGAGACCGAGUUGAGGAUGCCCUGAAGGCGGCGAGUUUAGCGUGUGGAAUCGUGGGAGCGUUUCUGAUCAUGGCUUCGAGUUUAAUUUAUGUGUUCAAAUAUAGAAAGCGGGUACAAAACGAAGCUUUACGUGGUAACAAUGGUGAAUUUGAAAAUGAUGAUGGAAAUAACAAAUUGCAAUUAGUUCUACGUGACCCUUCGAGUUGA